UACCAACGACAGGUACACAACAUAGCACGCAAUGUAUCACACCGCUGCCACCAUCACGGACACGUUUAACCCAGCGGCGAAUCCUGACGUAACCCCGCCGCGCCACUUCCUGCGCCAGGCUCCGCCCCGCGCGGCAUUGUGGGAAACCGGAAGGGGGUCGCGGGGGGAAGAAGAUGGCUGCGCGGGGAAGGGGCAGGGUCGGAGGUGGAGGCCACGAUGGCAUUGACGGAAAGGUGGAGCGGGAGUCGGGGCGUCCGGAGUCGGAGCUGCUGCUGCACCCGGAGCUGCUCUCGGAGGAGUUCCUGCUGCUCACCCUGGAGCAGAAAAAUAUACUAGUUGAAAAUGAUGUAAAGAUGGAUAAAGAUGGUCUCACUGAUCUCUAUAUUCAACAUGCCAUUCCUCUGCCUCAGCGUGACUUGCCAAAAAGUAGAUGGGGAAAAAUGAUGGAGAAGAAAAGACAGCAAAAUGAGUUUAAAAGUGAGAAUAAAAGUGUUACAGUGGCAGAAGGUUUAAGGAAACGGCCAUUAAUUGUAUUUGAUGGCAGUUCAACAAGUACAAGCAUAAAAGUGAAAAAGACAGAAAAUGGAGCUGCUGAUCGCCUAAAACCUCCUCCAGCUGGAAGCACCACCAACACUGUUAGAAGAUUAUCUGUUCCUCCGAAUACCGCAACAUACGUUUCAGCCUCCAGUUUAUCAGAGGACGCUAAGCUGGGAAUGAGGAAUAAUGAGACUAAGCAGAACAAUAUUUCAAAGACUAACAGCAGUAUGUUGGCUACUCUGAAGGUGUACCCCUUGUCUCCAGUAGCAGGAACUACUGUUGUGAAGUUAAAGAGAGCUGUUCCAAAAGAAGAAUCUGAGUUGCCGAAUGACCUAAAACCUACAGAAGCAAAGAAGAAAAUCCAGCAUGUUACAUGGCCAUGAAGUAGCUAAUGGCGCUUGAAACUUAAGUAUUACUUCCAUAUAUUCAAACAGAUAAGUCGUAUUUAAACAGUUGAAGUACAAUUCUUUUUAAACCUUACAGGGAUUCAGAUUGCUGUGAAGUUUUAACGACUUUAAAAGUUCCCUGUCGUAAUGCUGGAGUCAUUCUCACCAGUCACCUUAAAAGUGUCUACUUAUGUACACCAAGUAGCUCAGUAUUUCUUUAAAAGGUGGCAAUAUUACAAUGUUUUACUACCAGCCCCACCCCCCUUUUCUUUUUUUUUUUUUUUUUUAGCUUUGAAGAUUAUUAUAGUUCAUCUCCAGCAUGUCAUUCCGAUUCACACCCAGAAAGACAUUAUUUUUGUUUCAGUAAGAUUCAGGUUUUUUCCACUUACGGUCAAAUAGUUAAAAUAGCUAUUGAGGUUUAGAAUCAUCCCAAGAGCCUUCUUGACAUUAAAAAGAUAACUCAUUUAGAUGAGAAAACUGACCAUUCUGCUGGUAAGGUAAUCUGAGACAAAAUGUUUCCUUUAUAUUGUACAGGAGUGUAGAAUUUACAGUGCAAGUUAGAUUGGUAAUAAGAGAUGAACUAUUUUAACAGUAUUACUUCAAAUUGAAGUUUCUCUUACUGACAUAUGAAAUAAGACAUACACAGAUGGGAGUAUGUUAUUAGGCUGUUUGAUAUGGAUCUCUGAGAAGAAGUAGUGAAUGGAUUAGUGCCAUUUUCUCUUGAAUACACAGGCAUAUUUUAUACUUGCUUAAGCGUAAAAAUGUGCUGAUGUAGCAAAUUUGCUGUUCUCCUGAUUACAGUCGUGCUUAUAAAAUGUGGGGAAAACAUGUGGAAUGCAGGCCAGUGCUUUCUGAACUUAGCUGGAAAGGGACAGGGAUAGGAAGACAAAGUAAUACCUUGAGAGCAUUAGCGUAUGUAGGUGCAUUCUUAAAAAAUAAAUAAAAUUUGCUAACCUAUUUUCCCUUCCUUUGAUCAGUUAAGAUGGGAGUUGAUUUUCUGUGAAACUUGGUGUUUCAUCUGCAUUGUUGGUAGUUCCUUAUAAGGCAGAAAUCCCUUUAAGUUCAUAGAAACAUUAUUACUAAAACUCAGUGGCACAGAGUGAAGCCAAUUUAGAUCCAUUUUAGAUAUGAAUGGUAAAUAAUAACAACACACUCCUGGACUUAGUAAAACAGAAAAAGAAUCGACUUCUGAAUCCAUUUAGUUAAUCCACUAAGAGAAGCUCUCUCUUGGUAGUGAUCUGAAAUAUGUUUACAUUUGUAAUACUGGUUAAUGUUGAAACCAAAACCUGUAGCUUAAUUCAUUACUGACAGAAGUUCUCCAUUCACUGUUACACCAUAAAAGACACUUCUCGAAUGCUGUAAAAUGGUAAGAAUGUGUGUUUUGAAAUAGUGUGCUGUUUUCCUUUUACUAAACUCUUGUCCAGUUUUUGUACUUGAGUACAGCAAACUUUAACGUAAUGUACAUUUUGUAUGUAAAGAGUUGUCUUUUAAGUAACCUUAUCCUAUUUAAAUAAAUUCAAUUAAAAGCAAACAAAGUAGUGCUGACUUGUUUUUGUGAUGUAAUUAAGGUUAUUCAUUUUACACGCUUACAUUUCAGUGGACUUUGAAGUGAUUAGACCUUAAGAAAGAGUUUACGGGGUAAAAGACUGUAGCAACUCUGGAGUUUAGCGGCAGUUAGUGUUGUGUGAAGUGCUGGUCCUUGCAGUAGUAUAAUAGCCUGGUAGGAGUUCUGUUUUCUGUGUGGCUUCUUGGCAGUGGUUUAGAGUUUAGUCUAUAUUUUGUUGUAGUUUCAGUUGCUAGGCUCACAUGUGUGUUGUUAUGUGUUAAGGAGUAGUAUGCAGAGCUGUACUAGAAUAUUAGCAUGAUGUCUUGUUUUCAGGCUAGUUUGCUUUUCAGGCUUGUCAUGUUUCACCUUGCUUUCCUCAAAGCUGGGACCAUUUUGCCAUCUAUUAUAGUUCUUGGAGGGCAAGGUACAAGCCAUGCUGCUUUUGCUCCCUUCCACUAUCCCCUUAGUAAUCUCUCUUUUCUCAGUAAAGUAUUAGAGCUGCAGUGUGUUGGGGGAUUGCCAGAUCCCAGAGGAGAAACUGAGCUUCUUGCCUUCUUCUGUAAGAGGGAUUUUCAUGGCCAUUCUUUACCACAGCCUUCACCAUAGAAUAAAGUAAUAAAAAGAUAGAAUUUAGUAAUUCAAUGAGAUCUGAUUUGCACAGUGUGCACUUCAAAAAUGUCAGCCAGCAAAGUUCUUCAAAUGGUUUUCUAACCAAAUCUUACCUGAUGCAUCUAUUUAUCUUGUUGAAUUAAUGAGAGAGGAAUGACCUGUGAGCACAUUACACUUGGUACAAAAAGAGGCAAAUUCAAGAGUGGUGACAGGAACUAGGAGCAAACUUUUCCUACCCAGUUACACACAAAGUAUAUGCUUAAUCCUUCUUUCCACAUCUGAAGAUUCCAAUUGGAAGUGUGACAUAUUACUUUCCUUCUUUUGCUGGAUGCAAAUGAAUUCCAUCCAGAAGGUGUGCCAGGAUCAUACAUUGUGUAAUGUGGCCAGAUUUCUUGAGGUUUGUUUUGGGAAGUGUUAAUCUUCCUUUGGAUUAUUUCUUCUUGAUUUUACUGACCUGCUAGCAUGUUGUGGCUGAACUUUGCCUUUGCAACAGACAUGUAGCAGAAAUGAUGCUAGAGCAAAGGUUAUUUACAUAUUGCAAUACAUAACAAAAUGAAAGCAUGCCCUAGCAUAGAAGUUAAACUUCUGACUUUUGCAAAGAUGAAUGUCUUCUGAGCUGUCUUGACCUCCUUGCUUGCCGAGGAAAACAGUAUUUUGGUUUUUAGCUUAGAGCCUACUAGCACAUUUUUAUCAGCUGCAUUCCAUUCAGUAUUUUCACACAGUUGUUUAGUUUUGCUGAUAAUUUUCGCACUAAUUCCAGUUAGUAGAAGACUAUGUUGUAUCAGCAGGGUCCAUCUGAGGACUGCCUAAAUCCCACAGGUUCCUAAUGACAAAGUGCAAAAAGGGUUGUGUUUUGUGUGGCUCUUGCAUUGUGUUCCUUCAGACUGUGAAAGCGUUUCAUUUGUAAAUAUCUAAUAUGUAAAUGCAAUUAAACCACAAUCACUAUUUUGUUUUAAAUGAUUUUAUUUUGAAAAAUACAAUGUGCAGUGUAAUGUCGAAUAACUGUAAUACUGACACUGUCAAUCAGAGCUUGUACUUCACACAAUGAUCAGCUAGUCAUGCAAUAAAAUAUGUACCUGUUACAAAGCA